AUGAGUCUCGCGCACGAGACGGAAAAGAAUCACUAUGGCGAUCCGCCUCCAGUGCAUUACUCCCUGGGGGAUCACGCCAAAGGACAUCAGCUCAGUGCCAAUGACGAGGAUGUCGCUAUUGUCAUUUCUGAUCAAAAUGAGCUCAGGAAGGACUUGAAGGGUCGUCAUAUGCAAAUGAUCGCCAUUGGUGGUGCCAUUGGCUCCGGUCUAUUCAUUGGUUCCGCCUCAUCCUUCGUCACUGGUGGACCAGCCUCUGUUAUCAUCGGAUUUACCCUCAUUGGCAUUAUGAUGUACUUGAUGAUGCAGGCAUUGGCUGAACUCGCAGUCAUGUAUCCAAUCAACGGAGCCUUCACCAUGUACAUCUGUCGAUUCAUCGAUCCAUCCUGGGGCUUUGCCUGUGGAUGGCAGUACGCUAUCAGCUGGCUCACUGUCCUGCCUUUCGAAAUCUCCGCUGCUUGCAACAUCAUCCACUACUGGUCAGGAUCGCAGGGAAUCAACAACGCUGCGUGGAUCACACCACUUCUCGUCGCUUUGAUCGCCAUUCAAUUUUUCGGCGUCAAGGGUUAUGGCGAGGUCGAAUUCGUACUAUCCAUCAUAAAGGUUACGGCUUGUGUAGGAUUCAUGAUUCUGGGCAUCAUUAUUGAUACCGGAGGUGUGCCAACCGACGACAGAGGUUAUAUUGGCAACAAGUACUACAACAUUCCUGAUGUGACCUCCGCAGGAUUCCGUAACGGUUUUCAUGGAUUCUGCGGUGUUUUCGUUAAUGCAGCCUUCGCAUACACUGGCACCGAGCUUACUGGCUUAGCAGCAGCUGAGACGGAUAAUCCAAGGAAGGAGAUUCCCAAGGCCGCGAAGCAAGUCAUCUACCGAAUCAUCCUCUUCUACGUUGUUAACCUUGCUCUGGUCGGCCUGGUUGUGCCGGUCAACAACGAGGCACUGAACGGUAGCGCUGGCGCCAGUUCGCUUCAUUCACCUUUCGUGAUCGCUAUCCAGCUCGCCGGAAUUAAGGUUCUUCCAUCCAUCUUCAAUGCCGUCAUUCUCAUUGCAGUCAUGAGCGUUGCCAAUGCUUGUACCUUUGGCUCCACACGCACAAUGCAGGCUCUUGCGGCGAACGGUAUGGGUCCGAAAGCCACCGCCUACAUUGAUAAGAAGGGCCGUCCAGUUGUUGUGGUAGCUAUUCAGCUUUUGUUCGGACUGUUGGCAUACAUCAAUCUCGCCCCCAACGGUGGAGAUAUUUUCACCUGGUUGCUAUCCUUAUCUGGCAUCACAGUGCUUUUUGUCUUCGGCAGCAUUGCUAUCGCACAUAUCCGUUUCCGCAGAGCUUGGGCCUACAAAGGGCACACCCUGGAUGAGAUUCCAUACAGAGCUUCGUUCGGUGUUUGGGGCUCUUGGGUAUGCUUCUUCAUUUGUGCCAUUGCGCUCAUCGCCCAAUUCUACGUUGCGCUCUGGCCAGUCGGUGGUGGGGCUCUCAGCGCAGAGACCUUUUUCGAACUCUACAUGGCGGCACCUUUCCUCGUUUUCUUGUACUCGAUUUGGAAGGUGUACAGCUGGUUCAAGUUUCCUUCACAUCGCCCAUUGUGGAUCAGAACUAAGGACAUUGACAUCUAUACUGGAAUGAGGCAGGGACAGAGAGAGAUGAUCAGCGGCGAAGGUGUGUCCGAAGAGCGGAGGCGCGCGAGCAUCCAGGAGAUGAACGACGAGCAGAAGAAGAAGGGUGUCAAGGCCCGCGUUAUGGCGGCUGUUCAUACAGUAUUUUAG